GAACACAACGCGUCAAAAUCGUUUAGGUAUGCAUGCAUCAAAGUGUUCAAACCUCAAUUGCACACACACACAAGUCAACCUCGAGCUAAGCAUUCAGAGGACUCCAUCAUGGACCUGGAGGCGCAGUCAUAAAAUCGAUAAUGACGUGUCGCGAGUGCAGAUUGAGGAGAUCUCGUCAAAGGCCAAAUUCGGAGACCUGAUCGAGUUCUCAUUCCCGAUCGGGUACUCGCACUGGGCCGUGUACGACGACGAUGGCCAUGUGAUCCACUUGCCUGUGACAGAUGAGCUCAUGCUGAUGAGGACCGCCCAAGCUGUCCAUAAAGUAUUGGCCAGCCGAGGCAAACUGAUGCCGGACGCCACUCGCAUUUGCCGGGUGCCAAUUAGCGAGGUCACGCUCCCCCGCGGCACCCAAAUACGGAUCAACAACAAUCGGCACGCCUUCACGCCAUCCUCGCCCGAGGAGAUAAGGCGGCGGCGUGACGCCCUGGAAGACGUGGAGCUGGUCUACAACUACUUAGUACUGAACUGCGAGCACUUUGCCACAUUCGUGCGAUACGGGAAAGCCAUCUGCAACCAGAUUCUCACCAAGCCCCAAAACAGAGAGACCAAGUCAGCCACCAAAGUCUUCCGGAACAUCGUUGACUCCAAAGACCCUUCCUAGACACACACACUCGACACGUACAAUGUUGUGUAGAAUUUUGUAAAUAGAAGAUCAUAUAAAGUCGUAUCAGUAAAUCUGCUGAAUUCAAAAAUAAGAUGAAUACUUGAGCAGUGAGCCAUCAGGUCCAGCAGACGGCGCUGUGGUGGGUAAAAGCUUGUCGUGUUCUUGCUAUUUAAUAACCAUUACUGCCACCUACAGGACUGGAGUGGAACACACGAUGUAGGCUUGUUUCAACUUGAUGGAGGUUUGAGGUUAAAUAUCAAAUUCUAUUUUUUGCAAUGACUAUUACUGAAUUGUGCAUUUAAUAAAGUUGCCAAUGUGCUCAUGUUAAAAAAAAAUA